AUGCCGUCUUUCAUGAAGCUCGCCGCUGCGGCGCUCGCCAUGGCUGCCCCUCUGGUCUCUGCUCAGACUUACUCCGAUUGCAACCCCAUGGAGAAGACUUGCCCGGCGAACCCAGGUUCUACCGAGUCCAACCUGCAUUUUGACUUCACUAAGCCCAGUGCUCUCGACCACUUUAAGAUCACGGGCGGCAAAGUUCCCACCGGCGCUGAUGGUGCCGUGUUUACUAUCGAAAAGGAGGGUGAUGCCCCUACCCUGACAAGCAACUUCUAUCUCUUCUACGGCGAAGUCUCCAUCGAGAUGAAGACUUCCCAUGGUCAAGGCAUUGUCAGCUCCGCAUUCUUGCAAUCGGAUGACAAGGAUGAGAUUGAUUGGGAAGCGUUGGGUACUAGGACCGACAGCAUUGAAACCAAUUACUUCGGAAAGGGUGAUACCACUACUUGGGACCGCGAGAGCUGGGAAGCUGUGGCAACCCCUCAUGAUGUCUACCACACCUACACCAUCAAAUGGAGCAAGGAAGCCAUUGUUUGGAUGAUUGAUGGUCAGCCUCUUCGUACUGUCACCUAUGGCCAGGCCCAGGGUGGCGCUCGCUACCCCCAGACUCCUAUGAACGUUCGUCUGGGUAUCUGGGCUGGUGGUGCUCCCACCAACCCCCAGGGUACCAUUGACUGGGCUGGUGGCCCAACCGAUUACUCCAAGGGCCCCUACUCCAUGUACAUCAAGAGUGUCAACAUCGUGAACUACAACCCCGCUGAUUCCUACACUUGGACCGACAAGUCUGGCUCCUCCGACAGCAUCAAGUUCACCGGAUCUGACGCCGUCAAGACCCGCAGCACCACCAUCGACGCUACCACCAGCUCCGAGGAUGCCUUGUCCACCACCUCUGAGUCUCCUUCCACCACCACCGAGUCUCCUUCUACCACCGAGAGCUCUUCCUCUGCCGCCACCACUCUGGCUACUCGAACCUCCACCUCUUCGGCUGCUGAGUCUACCGUCGUGUCCAGCUCCACCUCCACCUCCAGUGCUGCCGACACUUCCAGCUCUGCUGCUUCCCCCAGCGGCUCUAGCCGCCCCAGCAGCCCCAGCAGCCCCAGCACCUCUGGGUCGGAUUCUGGCUCCAGCUCCAGCUCCACCUCCAGCCCCAGCUCCCCUAGCUCAUCCUCCAGUGCCAGCUCCAGCGCUAGCGCUAGCGCGAGCCCUGUCUUCAACGCAGGUGCAUCUAUCGGUGCUACCUACCUGGGACCUGUGUCCCUUCUGGGUCUGUUGACCGCCAUGCUCCAGCUGUAA